AUGUUAGCUACAUGCAGUAAUAUUUUACAAAUAUGGGAUAGUCAAAAUUAUUCAGUAGUUAAAGAAUUUGGUCAUGAUCAUGUGCCAUCAACAGAUAUAAUUAAAUCUAUUGAUUGGAAAAAAGAUAAUUCAAACUAUCUUGUUUUUACAUACAAACAAACAGGACGUGUACAACUAUAUGAUUUACAAAAAAAUAAAUCUGUUGAACUUUCGACUACAAAAGCUCAAUGUUCUUCAUUUAGUACAUCAGGAAAAUAUUUAAGCAUAACCGAUGAAGAUUGUCAUGCACAAAUUUGGGAUGUUAAUUCAGGAAGAAUUGCCCAAACAUUUAAUAGUGUUGAUCAAACUCCAAUGGAAUGUGUGUGUUGGGGUAAUGGAGAUUCAUAUGUUGCUGCAGGAACACGAAAAGGAAAUGUUUUUCUUUAUAAUCAAUUAACAAAACAAACAUUUGCUGCAUUUACAAUGAAACAUGGAAAUAAGCUUGGUUCAAUAUCAUCAAUAAAAUGGUCUCCACAUAAAGAAUUGAUAGCAACAACAUCAAAUGAUGGAUUACUUUCAUUAUGGAAUUAUCGUUUAAAAGAAUUAAUUAUAUCAAUACAUUCACAUAAAGCUCCAGCAACUGAUUUAGCUUUUUCUCCUCAUCAUGAUGCAUUUCUUGUUACUUCUGGUAUGGAUGGAUCAUUAUGUUGUUUUGAUGUCAUACAACAAAAGAUUUUAUCAACCAUCAGUAUAUAUGCACCAUUGACAAGUGUUGAUUUUCAUCCAAAUGGUUCAUUAGUUGCUGUGGGAACAAUGGGUCAAUAUGCAUCUGUCUAUGAUUUGCGUGAUCCAAAAAAUAAAUUGGCUCAUUUAGUUAAUUCAGAACAUGGAAAUGUUUAUUCAGUUAAAUUCGAUAUUGGACAAACAACAAAUAUUCAAAGACCAACAACGCUUUUACAAGAGACAAAUAAAAGUUUGAGUACAUUUGCUCAACAAACAACACGUUCUCGUCAUACAUCAUCGUCAUCAAUUCAGUCUACAACACCUGUUGAUGAACAAAUGCCAAUAAAUCGCUCAUACGGAACACAACCUCGAACAGCACAAUCACGUGAAAGAUCACUUUCAUCACUUUCAUCAACAACUUUAAAUAAAUUGAAUACACCUACUAUUACAACUGAAAAUUCGACUACUAUUGAUGGAAGCUUGUCAUCACCGAGACAGCAACGUAAUGAACGCUACGAAGACAAGUCAAUAUCAAGUGUUAACAAUAAUGAUUGUAUGAGUUUUGAUGAUUUUACUAAACUAUGUGGUAUUUCUGUUCGUUCUCCAAUUGAAAAUGGUCAUAAUCGAGCAAAUGUAAAUUCAAGUGAUAUUGAUGAAUCAUUAAAAAUUAUGUUAGAUGAUCGAGUUAAUUGUUUACGUGAAGAUUUUAAAGAUGAUCUCAAUCGAACAAAACUUUCAAUGCAAAUGAAUUUUAUUGUUGAACUAGAAAAACUUCGUAAUGAUUUAAUGCAACAAAUUGAAUCUCAUUCAUUAAAUGCUCAAUUAAUCGAUGAGAUCGAACGUCUUAGAACUGAAAAUAAACUAUUACGUCAAUUGCAACCUCGAGUUUAA